AUUUCACUUUAUUCCCUAACCUUUAUGCUCAUUAUGAUGUAAAUAAGCGUCGAGCCUCGUAUAUUACAUACAAAUAUAAGUGUUAUAUCUGUUUUAUGAAUCUUCUCUCUAGUUUUAUAACAUUUAAUUAUAUCAAAGAUAUACGAUAGUAGUAUUGUUUGCUAUUAACAGUCUAAAUGUAUUGACAAUUUAUACAUUUACUGGGUCAUUGAUGCGGUGAAAAGUAUGACAACUGAAGAAGGAAAUCGUAACUCAACUUUACAGUCGCUAGAGGAAACUGGUCAAUGUGUAACUAGUACAUCACAACAUGCAGGAAAUAGUAGAGAAUCAAAUACUGUCAGACCACAGGAACAGAGCAGCCGACAAAAUAAUUUACAAAGAAUACAACAAAGGAAACAACACAUGUUAAAUUUACCACAAAUGAAAAAGAUAUUAAAAAUUGCGACAUAUAGCGCGUGUAAAAUUGAAGAUUGCAAAUGCAUUGGAUGGAAGAAUUCUCAAUUACUAACUAAAUCUUCUAAAAAUGAUACACAACAACCUAUUAUAAAUUUUUUUGACCCCUGUAAAAGUUGCAAGCAUGUUCUAGAAAAUCAUGUUUCACAUUUGACUAAUCAAUCAGAAGAGGAGGUCAAUAAAUUAUUAUGCAUGGUUAUAGACGCCGACAAUAUUUUUCUAGGUUUACAGAAAGAAGAAGAUCCUGACACAAAGAAAGUUUAUUUCUACUUAUACAAGCUUUUAAGAAAAUGUAUACAAUCCAUGACUAAACCUAUGAUAGAAGGUCCUUUAGGACAACCGCCUUUUGAACGACCUAGUAUAGCAAAAGCAGUAAUGAAUUUUGUUGCUUAUAAAUAUGGUCACUUGCCGCAAAGAGACAUGCAGGCUAUGUGCGAUAUGGCCAAGAUGUUUCUGCAUUGUUUGAACCAUUGGAACUUUGAUCCACUUAGUGCUAGAAGAGGCACAAUCAGUGCAGAAGAAGCUCCUGCGUAUAAAAUUAAUCAUACUCGUUGGCUUGUAUUUUGUCAUAUACCAGCAUUUUGUGAUUCAUUGCCUCAUUACGAUACGUCUCUAGUCUUUGGACGAACGUUUGUCCAAGCUGUUUUUAAGCCAGUUUCCAGGCAAUUGCUAGAUAAAUGUCACAGUGAACGAGAUAAGUUAGCACCAGAGAAAAGAGUAAUAGUCUUAACACAUUUUCCAAAGUUCCUAUCAAUGUUAGAAGCAGAGAUUUAUUCGGAUAAUUCUCCGAUCUGGGAUCCUGAUUUUAAACAAGUACCUCCUACUUAUUUACAAUCUGCAUUGGAAUCAAAAGCGAGCCAAGGAAGAAGAACCGGUGAAUUUGAAAAAGUCACGGUUCCACCAAACGAUAAAGAUAAUUAUACAACAAUUAACAUAAGUCCUGGCAUGAAGAAAAUUCAUGAAAAAAGAUCACAUUCCGAAGGCCGCUCAGACGUAAAAAGAAGAAAGAACGAAGAAAUUUUUGAAGAUUUAUCAGAAGAAACAGUUGCUGAGAUUAUAGCGACUAUUAACGAUCCUAAUUACAUGUGCGGACCUGACGCAGUAUUUCCUCCAAAUGUUCCACGAGAUGAAACUGCUAAGAUUGAGGAAAGCAGAAAGAUUAUAGAAUUUCACGUGGUUGGGAACAGUUUAACGCAGCCAGUUUCUAAACAAACAAUGCUUUGGUUAAUUGGACUACAUAACGUAUUUAGCCAUCAAUUACCUAGAAUGCCAAAAGAAUACAUAUCUCAAUUAGUUUUUGAUCCGAAGCAUAAAACACUAGCUCUAAUAAAAGAUGGUCGACCAAUUGGUGGUAUCUGUUUUCGAAUGUUUCCUACUCAGGGCUUUACAGAAAUAGUAUUUUGUGCUGUUACAAGCCAAGAGCAAGUUAAAGGCUAUGGUACACACUUGAUGAAUAUGCUUAAAGACUAUCAUAUAAAAAAUAAUAUAUUACAUUUCCUUACAUUCGCCGAUGAGUUUGCAAUCGGAUAUUUCAAAAAGCAGGGCUUCAGUAAAGAUAUAAAAUUACCUCGGUCAAUGUAUCAAGGGUAUAUUAAGGAUUAUGAAGGAGCAACAUUAAUGCAUUGUGAAUUGAACGCGAAAAUUGUGUAUACUGAAUUUACGGCUGUGAUACGAAAACAGAAAGAAAUUAUUAAAAAGUUGAUCCAUCAAAGGCAACAAGAGAUACAAAAAGUUCACCCUGGUUUAACAUGUUUCAAAGAAGGUGUUAGGGGAAUUCCAGUUGAAUCUAUACCUGGUAUUCGUGAAACUGGUUGGAAAAGUUAUACUCAGACAAGAACAAGAGGAGUAGCUAAAGGAACUCAAGGGCCAGAACCAAUGGAGGCAUGCUUGGACAUCACUGAUUCUUUGUAUAAUGCGUUAAAAAAUGUUUUAAAUAGCGUAAAAAAUCAUAGUACAGCAUGGCCAUUUUUAAAGCCUGUGGAUAAGAAUGAAGUGCCAGAUUAUUACGAUCAUAUUAAAUAUCCAAUGGAUCUCAAAACUAUGACUGAUCGAUUGAAAGCUAGAUAUUACGUUACAAGAAGAUUAUUUAUUGCAGACAUGACACGAAUUUUCACCAACUGUCGCUUGUAUAAUAGUCCUGAUACCGAGUACUAUCGAUGCGCUAAUGCUUUAGAAAAGUAUUUCCAAACAAGGAUGAAAGAAAUUGGUCUUUGGGAUAAAUAAAAUUCAUAAAUUAAAAAUA